GAUACGUUUCUUAGCAUUAGUAGCAUCCGGGUGAGGAACUUAGGGUUUAACGUUGAAGCUGUUGCUUGCCAGUCUUGAGGAUGUUCGGAUCACUUCGGGUGCUGUUGCAAGUGUUGUGGGCCCAGCUGCUAUUUUGCUGGGUGUUCGGCUCCGAGCUGACGUUUGAGCUGCCAGACAACGCUAAACAGUGUUUCUACGAGGACAUCAUCAUUGGCACUAAGUGUACAUUGGAGUUUCAGGUGGUAACUGGUGGCCACUAUGAUGUGGACUGUCGUUUGGAGGAUCCAGACGGCACAACACUCUACAAGGAGAUGAAAAAGCAGUAUGACAGUUUUACCUUCACAGCAGCCAAGAACGGGACGUACAAGUUCUGCUUCAGCAACGAGUUCUCCACCUUCACACACAAGACGGUCUACUUUGAUUUCCAGGUUGGCGAUGAUCCUCCCCUUUUCCCCAACGAGAACAGAGUCACCGCUCUUACUCAGAUGGAAUCAGCCUGUGUCUCUAUCCACGAGGCUCUAAAAUCCGUCAUCGAUUACCAGACACACUUCCGCCUCCGUGAGGCCCAGGGACGCAGUCGGGCCGAGGAUCUCAACACCCGUGUUGCAUUCUGGUCUAUUGGAGAAGCCAUAAUCCUGCUGGUGGUCAGCAUCAGCCAGGUGGUCCUGCUAAGAAGCUUCUUCUCUGACAAGAAAACCACUAUGACACGUGUGGGAUCAUAACAGCCUUUGAAUUUCAGGAUCUGAUUUUUUAUUUUUUGUCUGUCUACCUGGCCUCAAGUGCAUAGAUUAGAUCAGAACAGCAGUGCUCAUUUUGAAAUUGGAUCAUAUCAAACUGCUUGUUCAUUCAAUUUGACAAUUCCUGACCAUUUAGCACUGCAGUUCUGUAAAACCUCAUGCUAAAUACUGUUGAGAGGAAAUGUUUAAAAUGUGACAGAAGGGUAAAACAAAAUGAAAGGUAGGCUUGAUGGUUACUUUGUGUAUGUGAGACAGUUCACACUGGUCCUGUAGUUAAAAAAAAAACUUAAGUUCUAAAUGUGUUUUUCUUUCUUUUUUUUUUUUGUGGCACUGCUCAUUAUAUCCUCCAGUCAGCUCCAUUUUUCAGCCCAAACUGCAAUUUUUUAUAAAGUGGUAUUUGGGACUAAAUGAACUCGGGACUGUUAAGAUGCUGUUGAUCUUUCUCCUUACAUGCAGCUCACUGCAUCUCAGUGCAAAU